GAAGCUGGGUUUUUGUGUGUUGUGGUCGGGACGCGGGCGGCCGUGAGCGCGUCACCGUGAGUCGUUUUUCUUUAGUCUGCUGUUCCGAGGGUCUACCCCCGGGCCGACUUGUGGACGCCUCUCGUCCCCUCCCAGCUUCCGAACGUGCGCCAGGGCUCGCCCCUCACCUCCGCGCCAGCCCGUGAGGGAGGCAGGAUGGAGUUCAAGCUGGAGGCUCACCGCAUCGUCAGCAUCUCCCUGGGCAAGAUCUACAACUCGCGGGGCCAGCGCGGCGGCAUCAAGCUGCACAAGAACCUGCUGGUCUCGCUGGUGCUGCGCAGCGCCCGCCAGGUCUACCUGAGCGACCCGUGCCCCGGCCUCUACCUGGCGGGGUCCCCGGCGCCGCCGCAGCCCGGGGAGCCGGCGGCCGGGCCACCCGCGGGCUGGGGGGAGCCGCCCCCGCCGGCCGCCGGCGCCGCCUGGCCCGAGACGGAGACGCCGCCGGAGCGCCCCGCUGUCCCGGACGCGCCGCGGGCGGGUGACGCGGAGCCUGCGGCCGCGGCGCCGGGCGCCGGGGACAGUCUUCAGGGCGGAGAGGCGGAAGCUGCUUGGCGCCGCGUGGAGGGCCCGCGCGAGGCGGCGGCCGGGGGAGCCGGGAGCCCCGCCGUGGUCGCGGACCUCUGUCCCGAGGGGCCCCGGGCGGCGCGCCGCCCCUGCGGCUGCCCCGCGGGAGGGGAGGACCCGCUGGGGGCGCUGAGCGCGCCGCCCCGCGUGGACUGCCGCUGCGCGCCGCGGCCCGCCGAGGACGAGCGCUCCGCGCCGCCCGCCGUCGGCCCCAGGAAGCGCGGCGCGGCGGGGGUGGGCGGCGGCCCCGCGGGCUGCCAGGCGCUCGGCGCGAGCCCGCUGAAGAAGCCCCGGCGGCACUUGGAGGAGCAGCCGGCCGGGGCGGCGGCGGAGGAGGAGGAGGAGAUGGAGACCGGUAACGUGGCCAACCUCAUUAGCAUCUUCGGUUCCAGCUUCUCGGGACUCUUACGGAAAAGCCCCGGGGGCGGCCGGGAGGAAGCCGAGGGAGAGGAGAGCGGCCCGGAAGCCGCCGAGCCCGGGCAGAUCUGCUGCGACAAGGCGGUGCUGAGAGACAUGAACCCGUGGAGCACAGCCAUCGUGGCCUUCUGAGCCCGGGGGCCCCGUGCGGGAAGCAGGUUGAGCAGCGGGCGACUCCGACGUGAGGGCUGGGCCUCUCCCGGCUGCGAGGCCGCCGCAGAGACGAAGGCGCCGGGCGCGGUGCGGAGACUGUGGGUGCUGCUGGGCAGCACGGACUCACUGCCCUCGGCCUCGGCGGCCCUGCGGGGACUCGGGGGCGUGAGGCUUAUUGGAAGAGGACGAUCGUUAACUUUUGUGUCUGUGUAUGUGUGUGUCAGUUUGUCUUGUUGAAUUAAGACUAUUUUGUCCUUCUGGAAUGCGUCGCCCUUGCCCCGGGGCUCAGGAGGUUGGGGGCGACAGGGACUUUCCUCUGCCGGCAGCACCGAGAAGGAAGCGGCUAAAAGGGCCGGGGCCGGGGAGUUCCCCAUUCGUUCUCGGGGGAGGAAGGGACUUUACACACACCCCUUACAUGAAAGCCAGAACCGCACCCGGGCCAGGAGUGGCGUUUCCUCCCAGGAUUUCCUAAAUCUAGAGGGAUUUAGUCUGGAGUAGAGACUUGUGUCCUUUUCUCUCCCUGCCCACCUUUCUCUCUGACUGAAGAAACGUCUGUACCCUGUGAUUACUCUGGGAAAGGGGAAUGUUAGCGGCCCAUGUCUUCCCCACAGGGAAAAAAAGCUUGAUAAACUUCACAGGAAAGUUCAAGCUUGGAAAUAUGGAGUUUAUAGAGAAGAGAUAUAUUUUCAAAAGCUCUAGAUCAGAACUACUACACAGUGCUUUUAAAAAGUGUUUAAUGAAACAAAGUUUACAGACAGAAGCCCUAAGUGGAAUGACCUUCUGGGUUUGUAUAUAUGGUGACUCCAGUCUUUGUUGUAUAAAGGUUGGGGGAGCUGACAAGGUUUUUGUACAGUUAUUUUCUCCGUUGUAUUGAUUUUUGUAUAAAAAUGUAACUUUACGUGUCUAACACGUAUUAAAUAUUUUGAAGGAAC